GUUCGGAGAAGUUCAAUUCGAAUUUUACAACAACCAUUCUCACGACCACACAGAAGGACAGAAGGAAAUCGAAUAUGGCUGUUGAACCUCAGUCUCAGGUUAUCAAAGAUUUACUAGCAGGAACCGCAGGAGGGAUCACACAAGUCUUGGUCGGACAACCAUUCGACAUUGUAAAGGUUCGUCUACAAAGUAGCGAUGCAUACCGAGGUAUGAAUGAUGCCGCUUUACGUAUUUUACGCGAGGAAGGUCCCGCUAGCUUCUAUAAAGGCACGACUUUACCCUUGAUUGGUAUCGGUGCAUGCGUGUCUCUACAGUUCGGAUUUCUAGAAGCCUUCAAGCGUUCAUUCAGGCGUCAAAAUCUUGCAAGCGGUCGUUCUGAACAACUCACUCUCGGGCAACUAUACCUUUCCGGUGGAGGGGCUGGGGUAGCUAGCUCUAUAAUAUCAGGACCGGUUGAGCAUAUCCGAAUUCGUCUACAGACUUCAUCUCCAAGUUCCAAGAAUCAUUUGCAAGGACCGUUAGAUGCUUUGAAACAAAUUUAUAAAACUGAUGGGAUUAGGGGAUGGUAUCAGGGGCAAGGCGCAACUGUACUUCGAGAGUUUCAUGGAUACGGGAUGUAUUUCCUCGGAUAUGAGUGGUUAGUCCAACGUCACAUAGACCAAAAUGGUGGUUCGAGAAAAGAUCUUGGUACUGGUUGGGCUAUGUUGUACGGGGCCGGUGCAGGUUAUUCCAUGUGGCUGUGUAGUUAUCCUUUAGAUCAGAUCAAGACGCGAAUCCAGACCGAUGGUCUACCUUCUCAGCCCAAUGAUCGAAAAUAUCACGGGGUAGUAGAUUGCGCCAAGAAGGUUUGGAGGGCAGAGGGUGUCAAAGGUUUCACUAAAGGCCUAGCUCCAACAUUAUUAAGAUCUCCGCUGGUUAAUGGAGCAACGUUUGCCGCAUUUGAAACUACCAUGAAGCUAAUUAGCUAAGUGAGAAGAGAUAUAGAAUUCGAGUCGAUCGCAGUAAACUCUUGGGUUACGGCUGACGUCUCUCACAAUGUGGUAUAUUGAUCUUUGCUGCGUCGGUUCCUUUUUCAUGGUAUUAUAUAUGGGAAAUGAGUCAGUAUUAAAUUUUAUCUUGAGCAUUCAAUCCCGUUGAAUGAUUGUAAAUGUCACGACUUUCAAAGAUGUUCAUGAACUAGAGUCUAUGUUGACAUUAUGAAAUAACAAACUUGGAUGAUUUGAACGCUAUUC